ACCUGGUCUGUUUCUUCAACUACGUUCUGCUCUUUCCCCAUUACACCAGUCACAUGUUCCUGUUCUCUCACUUUAAGACCUGGCGGCAUAUGAGUAGCAAUGUGAAAGGCGGCUGUUAUAAACAGAAGCUUCAGCCGUGACAUGGACUUUGGGGUCUGUUCUGGGUUUGGGAUACUAAACAUGAUACCUUGACUGUUCUAAGUCUGUUUUUUAUCAACACACUAAGUGGCCUGUGACCAAGCUGCUCUCCAUCAGCCUAAAAACUUUUAUAAAUAGAAGGAUCAAGGUCGGCUGAUCUGAGCAUGCUCAGUGUCCUGGACAACUCCUUGAUUUUUGCCUUUAGGACCCAUUACACAUCCACAAUAACAUUCUAUUGACUGAUGCAAAAUAGCAAUGCUAAGGUAAAGAGACCCCCAGUAAAAUACAGUGUAACAAUGGAAGGAUGCAUUGUGGGAUAAUAGUUAAUUAUACAGAAGCUAGUGCCCAAUCUAUUCAGCCACUAAAGGUACAAACAGAUUGUUCCUGUAAUGAGAAGUCUGGCAAAACCCUACUGUGAGUGUAACAAUGUGGCCACUGGAGUGCAGAGCUUUUGACAUUCCCCAGAUCUCUGCUGACAAUAGACAUAAAUCAUUAUGUAACUCAAACGUAUAUUAUCUCUAUGGGUUUAAUGGGCUUUACUCCAUUAUUACCAAGUCUAAUUUGUCAGCACUGACCUAUUCAAACAUUUUUCCUAAACAGCAGCUGCACUGCCAUUUGAGGAAACCACAAGAUAGGACCCAACAUGGAGCAACCUUCUCAUUUGAUGAAAAUGGAGAAUAUAUCACUGGGUUACGGAUCUAUAAAGGUAUCACAGAUGCAGAUGAAAUGAAUAACAACUUCUUUGCUGAGUUUUCACCUUGGGCUCCACCAGAUCAGCAGCUGAACAUCACUUCAUCAUUAAUAAAAUGGAAAACAAAUAACAAUGAAAUCCCAAUAGCUCAAUGCUCAGCCAAUUGUGCCCCUGGACAAAGGAAGGUGCCAAUACCUGGAGCCAAAACCUGCUGUUAUGAUUGUGCCCCUUGUUCCAAUGGAGAGAUCUCCAACACAACUGGUUAUUAAAGAUCGGCAUAGAACACCCUGAGUGCUGACAACGCAUCUGACAUAUCACUAAGUGUCUCAGAAAAGUGCUGAG